AUGGCAGCAAACUUGCGUGGUAAGGGGGAGGAGGGGCAAGGCAUAGGACAAGCUUUGAAAAACAUGUUAGGAAAAGCUACCACCACAGUACCGGAACAGAAGAACGACCAGAUUCAACUAGUCAACAGAGCGAAUGAAAGCAAAAGUCCAUAUGUUCGCGCUCACUCUUCGAAUCCCGUCGCAUGGCAGCUUUGGGGAGACGAAGCUAUUGAUUUGGCGCGCCGAGAAAAUAAGUUGUUGUUUGUGAGCAUUGGUUACAGUUCUUGUCAUUGGCUUAUGAGACUGAACAAAGGGUGCCAUAUUAUGGAACGCGAGUCAUUCGAAAAUGAAGAGGUUGCUGCGAUAUUAAAUACCUCAUUUAUACCAAUCAAAAUCGAUCGCGAAGAACGUCCAGACAUAGAUCGAAUUUACAUGAACUUUGUGCAAGCUACAACGGGUUCUGGAGGAUGGCCACUGAACGUUUUUCUUACACCGAGUUUGGAGCCUGUGUUUGGUGGAACAUAUUGGCCGGGACCAACUAAAACCACAGACGUUGAAAAUCAACUCGACUUUUUGGGAAUCCUGAACAAAUUGAGUACUGUUUGGUCGGAACAAGAACCACGGUGCAGACAGGACUCGGCCCAAAUACUCCAGCAGUUAAAGGACUUUGCGAAUGAGGGAACCUUGAGUAAUAGAUUAGGAGAGGGCGUGGAUAGUGUUGAUCUCGAAAUACUGGAAGAAGCUGCUCAAUAUUUCGCAACCAGCUUUGAUACGAUAAAUGGAGGUUUUGGAUCAGCUCCAAAGUUUCCCACUCCUUCGAAACUUGUUUUCUUGCUCCGUUUGAGCCAAUUUCCACAAGCUGUACUUGAUAUUGUUGGAAUUCCUGAUUGUCAAAAUGCCAAGAAUAACGCCAUUACAGCUCUUCGAAAGAUGGCUCGUGGUGGAAUUUAUGAUCACAUUGGGAAUGGAUUCGCUAGGUAUUCUGUCACGGCCGAUUGGUCUCUUCCUCACUUCGAAAAAAUGCUUUACGAUAAUGCACAACUUCUACUCGUCUAUUUGGAUGCCUUUCUUUUGUCAAGAGACCCAGAAUUUCUUGGAGUUGUAUACGGUAUCGCAAAUUAUUUAACAACCACUCUUUCCCACCCGGAAGGAGGAUUUCAUUCUAGUGAAGAUGCCGACAGUUAUUACAAAAAUGGUGACACCGAGAAACGAGAAGGUGCUUAUUACGUUUGGACUAAACGAGAAUUUGAGAAUAUUCUUGGUCGUGAACAUGAGCCUGUCUUUUCAGCUUUUUUCAAUGUUACUAGUCAUGGUAACGUAGGGCAAGAAAAUGAUCCCCACGAUGAGUUCAUGGAUCAGAACGUACUGGCCAUUUCGAGCACUCCAUCUGCAUUAGCAAGCCAGUUUGGCAUGAAGGAGGCUGAAGUUGUAAAGAUUAUCAAGGAGGGCAAAGGGAAGCUAAGAAAACGUCGAGAAGCUGAUCGCGUUAAGCCGGCUAUGGACGACAAAGUUGUCGUCAGUUGGAAUGGUCUCGCAAUAGGGGCAUUGGCUAGGACGUCCGCUGUUAUCAGCGGUUUCGAUCCAAUCAAAGCCCAAGAGUAUCUAGAUGCGGCCCUCAAAGCAGCAAACUUUAUCAAGGACAAACUUUAUGACGAAAAAUCCAAGAUCCUUUACCGGGUUUGGCGUGAAGGGCGAGGAGAUACUCAAGGAUUUGCGGAUGAUUAUGCAUUUUUGAUUGAAGGACUGAUCGAUUUAUAUGAAACUACUUUUGAUGAAAAGUGGCUUCAAUGGGCUGAUGAACUUCAACAAACCCAAAUUAACCUCUUCUAUGACGCACAAAAUACAGGUGCCUUCUUUUCUACCACUGCACUCGCACCAAAUGUAAUCCUUCGCCUUAAGGAUGGCAUGGAUUCUUCAGAACCCUCUACAAACGGCACCUCUUCCUCAAAUCUCUAUCGUCUAUCUUCAAUCUUAAACGACGAAGCUUACGCAAAGAGGGCGAAAGAAACAGUCAAGAGCUUUGAAUCCGAAAUGUUACAGUAUCCUUGGUUAUUUCCUAGUUUCAUGCCAGCAGUUGUAGCUAAUCACUUGGGUGUAAAGGGUGUGGUGGUUCACGAGGCAGAUGGUGAUAGUAUAGGCGAGCGACGAGUUAAAGCAUUUCAAACCAUGCCUCGAGGUGGAUUGGGAACGCUCGCUCGAUUGAAUGCUUCGGGAGAGAAUAAUCAAUGGUUGAGAAAGAGAAAUCCGCAGGUGAAGGAUGCAGGGAACAGCGACGAGACCAAGACCAAGAUUCUAAUCUGUGAAAAUGGAGUAUGUAAAGAAGAGAAAGAGAAUAUUUUUCUAGAUUCGGGUGUGACGAUGGAAAGUCCCAAGGACGACGAAGCUUUGAAAAUGGGUGGGUUAUGA